CUUGUCUGCUUUUCCGGGAAGGAUUUUAUUACUUUGUUUCAGGAAUUUGGCCCAGUUGACUUUCUCGGGAAAAAUCCCAACUCAUUCUUGCCAGCCUGUUUCAUAUAUGAUAUAUAUAUGGGUUCCCACUAUUUAUAUAUACUACCCUCUUAUACCCAUCAUCGACUGUGAUUCUUCAUUCGCGCUUCAGAACCCUUCGUUUGUUUAGUACUUGUUUCAAUGUUGAUCAUUUGAUCGUCCCUGUCUUAAGAAUUUGAAUUAUAAGAUUUGUGUUGUUGGGUUUUGUUAAAGUCUGCCAAACCCCAAUUGUUGAAAGAAUUUCACGUCUAGAUAUGGCUAUUGGGAAUCAAGACCUGAAAAAGAAGUCUUUUAUCCACAAGAUUUUCACCAUUAAAGACAGAGAAGUGAUUGGCACAUCUGAUAUUCCUGAAGCUCAAUCUGAUCCGGGGCUUGACAGUCAAUUUUUAAGUGGCGGAGGUGCUGAAAUGCCUGUUGGUCGAGAUGUUAAGUCCUUUCGAGUGUUUGUAGCAACCUGGAAUGUAGGAGGGCAGUCUCCCCAUACUGGCCUUAACUUGGACGAUUUUCUUCAGGUUGAUAAUCCAUCAGACAUAUAUGUCUUGGGUUUUCAGGAAAUUGUUCCUUUAAAUGCUGGAAAUGUGUUAGUUCUAGAAGACAAUGAACCUGCUGCAAAAUGGCUUGCUUUAAUCAAUCAGUCGCUGAAUAAACCAACAAAUGGGUCUUCACAUACAGCAAGUCUUGGUAGUUCAUUGUUUUUCUCGAAGCCGUCCCUUAAAAAGGUUAGCAAGUCGUAUAGAACAGAGAGCAAAAGGAAGCUGAAGAGUUGCAACUGCACUUAUGAAUUAGAAAGGAAGCAAAGUAAAGAUUUCUGUUUUCGAUGCCAACAACCUAAUAUAAAUGAAGAUGACUUGUCUUCUGAACCAGAUGACGAAGGAUCUAAUGGCCUUGAUAUCUCAGAAAUUUCCAUAUCCUCUGCCAGCCAGAUGAAUUACAGCCUUGUAGCAAGUAAGCAAAUGGUAGGAAUUUUUGUAACUCUUUGGGCAAGGAAGGAGUGCGUACCAUAUGUUAGUCACUUGAGAAUCUCCUGUGUUAGUCGUGGCAUCAUGGGCUGCCUUGGAAACAAGGGUUGUAUUUCAGUAAGCUUUCUAUUCCAUCAGACAAGCUUUUGUUUCGUCUGUAGUCACUUGGCAUCUGGUGAGAAAGAGGGGGAUGAGCUUAGGAGAAAUAUGGAUGUCUUGGAGAUUCUUAAGAAUACACAGUUCCCUAAGAUUUGUAGAACAGCUUGCACUAGGGUUCCAGAUAAAAUUCUAGACCAUGAAAAGGUCAUAUGGUUAGGGGACUUGAACUACCGUAUUGCGUUGAGCUACUCAGAAACCCGGAAACUUUUAGUUGACAAUGACUGGGAUACACUUCUUGACAAAGAUCAGCUCAAGAUUGAAAGAGAAGCAGGCCGGGUUUUCAAAGGAUGGAAAGAAGGAAAAAUUUUCUUUGCACCUACUUACAAAUACUUCUACAACUCGGACAGUUAUUUUAGCGAGAUAAAAACAUCGAAGAAGAAAAGAAGAACCCCAGCUUGGUGUGAUAGAAUACUUUGGCAUGGAAAUGGGAUAAGACAACUGUCAUACAUUCGUGGAGAGUCCCGUUUUUCUGACCACCGGCCAGUUUGUGCUGCAUUUAUUGUGGAUGUCGCUGUUAAUGAGUAUGGAUUGAAGAAGGAAACACCUAUCUCUAACAUGAAAAUUGAAAUUGAAGAGCUUUUACCAACACGUAACAGACAAUCGAGAAUCUUGCGCUAAAGUUACUAAUCACAGGCAUGGAAAGGUUUGAUAAUGCCCAGUUUUGCUGAUAAAUGAGAUGGAGUAGCCAUAGUGUUUCUCAAAAUGUAAAUAAUUCUGUCGGGAAUGGUUAGAAUCUAAAUUUUAUGA